UGACAGAAGUUUUCGGUUUAAUGUGUCUACUUUUAUCAUGCAAUCAUCCAGCUAAUAACCUUCCCAGUGCUCUGUCCGCAGUCGGGACUAUUGACUCGAACCUGCCUUGUGUUUUAAUGAAAUAAACUCACAGAGACUUUGACAGACUGCGGUGUCAUCUGGGAACUUUUGGUUUGCUGGAAGAGCGACCCUUUGGAUCUUAUUUGACCGGGGAGCAGAGCAGGAUAGAGCCCACUGGGCUGACCGAAGUGCCGCCAUGGGAAACCGGGGGAUGGAAGACCUAAUUCCCCUCAUCAACAAGCUCCAGGACGCCUUCAGCUCCAUCGGCCAGACCUGCAACUUGGAUCUGCCGCAGAUAGCGGUCGUCGGCGGCCAGAGCGCAGGGAAGAGCUCCGUGUUGGAGAAUUUUGUCGGAAGGGACUUCUUGCCCAGAGGAUCUGGCAUCGUCACCCGUCGUCCUCUCAUCCUCCAGCUGGUUAACUGUAAAGCAGAGUAUGCAGAGUUCCUGCACUGUAAGGGUCGUAAGUUUGUGGACUUUGAAGAGGUCCGUCUGGAGAUUGAAGCAGAGACUGACAGGAUCACCGGAUCCAACAAAGGAAUCUCCACCAUCCCCAUCAACCUCCGUGUCUACUCCCCUAACGUGCUGAACCUGACCCUAAUUGACCUGCCGGGGAUGACCAAAGUUGCCGUGGGAGACCAGCCUCACGACAUCGAGCACCAGAUCAUGGAAAUGCUGAUGCAGUUCAUCACCAAGGAGAGCUGUCUGAUCCUGGCCGUUACUCCGGCCAACACUGACCUGGCCAACUCUGACGCGCUCAAGAUUUCCAAGGAAGUGGACCCUCAGGGUCUACGGACCAUUGGUGUGAUCACCAAGCUGGACCUGAUGGAUGAAGGGACGGACGCAAGAGACAUCCUGGAAAACAAACUACUGCCGCUCCGCAGGGGUUACAUUGGGGUGGUGAACCGCAGUCAAAAGGACAUUGAUGGAAAGAAAGACAUCCGUGCUGCUUUGGCUGCUGAGAGGAAGUUCUUCCUGUCCCACCCCGGGUACAGACACAUUGCAGAACGCAUGGGCACACCACACCUGCAGAAGACCCUCAAUCAGCAACUUACCAACCACAUCCGUGACACGUUGCCAGGGUUACGCAGUAAGCUGCAAAGCCAGCUGUUGUCACUGGAGAAAGAGGUGGAGGAGUACAAGAACUUCCGCCCUGACGACCCCACGCGCAAGACCAAGGCCUUGCUCCAGAUGGUGCAGCAGUUUGGCGUGGACUUUGAGAAGUGCAUCGAGGGAUCUGGGGAUCAGGUGGACACCUCCAACUUGUCCGGUGGAGCAAAGAUUAACCGCAUCUUCCACGAGCGCUUUCCCUUCGAGCUGGUGAAGAUGGAGUUUGAUGAGAAGGAGCUGCGGAAAGAGAUCAGUUACGCCAUCAAGAAUAUCCACGGAGUCAGGACAGGCCUGUUCACCCCAGACUUGGCGUUUGAGGCCAUAGUGAAAAAGCAGGUCAUUAAGCUGAAAGACCCCUGUCUGAAAUGUGUCGACCUCGUCGUCACCGAGCUUGCCGCCCUGAUCAGGAAGUGCACGGAAAAGCUGGGAUCGUACCCUCGACUGAGAGAAGAGACAGAGAGAAUCGUCACCACCUAUGUCAGAGAGAGAGACAGCAAGACCAAAGACCAGGUGCUGCUGUUGAUUGACAUUGAGCUCUCCUACAUCAACACUAAUCAUGAGGACUUCAUUGGAUUUGCCAAUGCCCAGCAAAGAACUGCUGCAAACAUCACCAAGAAGAGAGUCAUGCCCAAUCAGGUGAUCCGCAGAGGCUGGCUCACUAUCAACAUCAGUAUCAUGAAGGGGGGAUCUAAGGACUACUGGUUUGUCCUGACUGCUGAGUCUUUCUCCUGGUACAAAGAUGAGGAGGAGAAAGAAAAGAAGUACAUGCUGCCUCUCGACAACCUGAAGCUGAGAGAUGUGGAGAAGAGCUUCAUGUCCAGCAAACAUGUCUUUGCCAUCUUCAAUACGGAACAGAGGAAUGUGUAUAAAGACCUGCGUCAGAUUGAGCUGGCAUGUGACACUCAGGAGGAUGUGGACAGCUGGAAGGCUUCGUUCCUCAGAGCUGGUGUUUACCCGGAGAAAGACCAGCCUGCGAGCGAAGAUGUGAUGAAUCCGAGCGACACCGUGUCCAUGGACCCGCAGCUGGAGCGGCAGGUUGAGACCAUCCGCAACCUCGUGGACUCGUACAUCGGCAUCGUCAACAAGUCCAUCAGAGACCUCAUGCCCAAGACCAUCAUGCACCUCAUGAUCAACAGUGCGAAGGACUUCAUCCACUCCGAGCUGCUGGCCUACCUGUACUCGGCCGGGGACCAGGGCAGCUUGAUGGAGGAGUCACCAGAGCAGGCUCAGAGGAGAGAUGAGAUGCUGAGGAUGUACCACGCUUUGAAAGAGGCCCUCGUCCUCAUCGGAGACAUCAGCACUACCACUAUUUCUACCCCAGUACCUCCACCAGUAGACGACAACUGGAUUCCCAAGGACCCAAGUCCUCCACCGGCGUCCCGCCCUGCCUCAGCAACAGCGCCCCCUCCCAGCCGACCCCCAGCAGUGAGGGGGCCCACCCCGGGUCCUCCGCCCCCUCUCAACCCCUCACCAGCAUUCGGAGCUCCGCCGGUGCCGUCUCGCCCACCGGGCCAAACGGCCUACGCAGGCGACUCUGGUGUUGUGCCUCUAGUACCUUCAAGGCCGGCCCGCGUGCCUCCUGCGCUGCCGCCCGGGAUUCCCAGCAGAAGACCCCCAGGUGCUCCCAUCCGACCCACUGUCAUACGUCCUUCAGAGCCCUCCCUGCUUGACUAGAAACACACACGCAUAUUCUUUUUGUUUACACUUUUCUAUUUCUGUAGAGCAGAGAAAGUAAUCUUUUUUUUGUUCAUGUAUAUUCCUAUAACUACAAACUGUUGUCCUACUGUAAUUGGUAAUCUGAUGCUGUUUCAGUCUGUGCAUGUCAGAAGCAUUAUGUAUGUACUUUUGACUAAAUGUGUAGGUAGCUUCUUUUUUUUUUUUUUUUUUUU